UCUAAUCUCUAAAUUCUAACAGAUGCCAGGCACUGGGAAACGGGAGUUCCCCUGCAUUCUAUGCAAAAAACGAACAAAAAAAAAAUGAAAGGCGAGCACUGACAGCAGAACAAAAGCAGCUGGUGAAAAAAAUAGGUGUGUCUGAUCCAUCUGAUAGAGAUGUGCUUUGCACUAUAUGUAGGUUUAAAUACCACGUACAGCUGAAAAAGAAGAUGGAAAGAAAAACCGCUGCGCCGAAGGAUGGUUUAUAUUCACCGCAACAACAAGGAAACACUUCCAGAUAUGCCAGGAGUCCACCCUCGGUCACCCUUCCGCUACCAUCGUCCGCCACCAGCCAUGCCCGUUGUUUCAUCUGCAAACGACCUGGGCCUAAACUAAUUGUAGUGCCAGCAAGUGAGAGAAACUCUGUUUUUCUGCAUCAGAAUAUCCUUAUUCCUUAUGGUUCAAGGUGCUGUAUUAAACAUAUGCCAGAUGGCAGGUUUAACUCAGAGGCCCUAAAACAGAUUCCCGUUUUCUCACAAAUAUCAAACUUAAACAGGAGCUCCAUCCUCGACAUUCUACAAUACUUGCGAGAAACUGCAUUGAGGUACGAAACAUCUCGACUUGAUUUUGACCGAGAAAAUGCUUCCAAUGAUCAACAGUACACAAGUCUCACUGGUCUUAGCAAACAUUCCUUUGACGACCUGUUGUCUUAUGUCAGUAAGAUUGUUAAGAAUACCUCUGUACGCAGUGCUCGGAAUAGCCUUGGAAUUAUUCUUGUUAAGAUGAAAUCCGGCCUAUGCAACAGUAUUCUGUCCACCAUUUUCAACAUAUCGAAAGCAAGCGUACGUCGGGCUAUUCAAUCAGUGCGGAGGGCAUUAAUGGAAAAAUUUGUUCCCCAGAACCUUGGCUUUCAGCACAUUACAAGAGAAACUGUCAUUCAACAGCACACAAGACCAUUAGCUGAAUCAUUGUUUGGCGGAAUAGGAAAUCAAGCACUGUUAGUUCUGGACGGCACUUAUAUAUAUAUCCAGAAAAGCUCCAACUUCACUUUCCAAAGGAAAUCAUACAGCUUGCACAAAGGACGUCCACUUGUCAAACCGAUGGUGAUCGUCUCUACUAGCGGUUAUUAUAUCUCUGUUAUUGGACCCUAUCUUGCGAGGAACAACGACGCGGCCAUCCUCCAUCACAUCAUGAGAUCAAACAGGGAGGACGUAUUGAAAUGGAUCGAGGAGGACGACGUUUUCAUCGUCGACAGGGGAUUCAGGGACUCCGUUUCGUACCUUGAAGAACUUGGUAUUCAGGCUAUUAUGCCAGCCUUUAUGAAGAAGGGGGAGAAACAGAUGUCCACCCAAGAUGCAAACACAAGUCGUCUUGUAACUAAGAUUCGAUGGGUGGUGGAGUCGGCCAACGCUCGCAUUAAGAGAUGGAAGUUGCUUGAUUGUAUUCUACCAACAAGUCAAGUACCUUUUAUUGGCGACUUUGUCAAAAUUGUAUGCAGCAUCUCAAACAAGUAUUACCCACCACUGUCUUCAGGUGACAAGGACGGCGAUAUGGCUAUCGCAGCCAAGAUGCAGUUUCUUUCAAAACAAGUGAACCACCUUAAGGAGGAAGUUGAAUCCAAGAAACUCCACUCACGUGUAGCCAUAUGGAAAAAUCCUGCAGAUCUUGAUUCUUUGGGGUUCCCCCAUUUAGACGAGGAUGAAAUUAGGAACAUAACUUGCGGGAUAUACCAGCUCAAACUUGCCAGCAGUUAUGCAGCAGAACAUUUUCAAGACGGGAGUGAUAUCUUGAUACACAAAGAAGACCCAAGUUUGCUGCGAAUCAAAAUUCAGAGUAGACAUAUUUCAUCGAAAUCAUAUCUCCUAUGGAUCCGUUACGACGAAUCAAGCAUCACCGGAUGGUACUGUCGGUGUAAAGCCGGGGCCCGUGUGGUGGGCGUUUGUGCACAUGUCGCAGCCGUGAUAUGGUAUUUAGGACUCGGUCACUACAAAGGAUCGUUUAAAUCUGUCCAAGAUUGGGGAAGAUUCGUUGAUGACGCUACAGUUUUCCCAGACCCAGUAGACGAGUCAGAGUCAGACGAAGAUCCAGUUGAGGAGUAA